UGGUAUAGACUGUAAACUAUGACAAGAAUGAGCGGCAAGUGCUUGUGGAAUUCGUGGAACUUGCCUGCUCGGACUGCUCCAUGUAGCUUUCUGCCUCAGACAGUGAAACUGACAUCUGGCGCUGUUGUGAUGCGGCUCCGCAAUGUCUCCCCAAGAGCGGCGUUAUGCUAUGGCACGCGGAAGAUUGUGAAGCAAGUUCGCUACAACGAACUUCUGAAAGUGACAGUAAUUUGCGGACGUGAAAUUGGUUACAUUCCCAGGACGACCACCGUUAUCGGUGAUGUUGCCAUGGGAUUCAGAUCCAUGCGGGACCAGUUCACGCUGGGCCUAGCUGUUGCAGUCAGGAUCAAUAAGGCACCGGGGCUGACUGUCCUGCAUGCCUGUGGUGAUAUGGGGAAAGAACAGAAGUGUGAAGAAAGGGGUAUGAUGGAGCAAUUCACUCGGCAUGCACAAGUGCUUGAUGUCAUAAAUGAGAAGAGGGAAAGAUUGGUGAAGGCAAGCAGAGAUGUUACAAUACACAGCAAGAAAGUGAUCUUUCAGUUGCACAGAAUAAGUGCAGAAAAGAGAGAAGAAAUUCUCAAUCAGGCAGAGAAGGACCUGGAGAUGAUUCGGACACAACAAAUAUCAAGAGUUGCUUCUGAAUUGCAAGGGGAUGAGUAUUGGAAGUUCCGCAGGGCAUACUCUCCAGGGAAUGGAGGAGACUAUGGUGUUGUCGGUGCAAAUGGUGAAGUAUUGCCCAUCGAGGUACGAGCGCCAGACUUUGAGGGCGUGAAUCACGGCGAGGAGUUCCUUCUCGUUGGAGGGGUAGUUCAUCUCCAUGGGAAGGAGCUUCUUGCUUGCGAAGGUGAUGGGGUAUUCGCCGGGUGGGGCCUCGGGGUGGGUGGGGGAGUCUUUGAUGGAGGGGGUUUCGGAGGUGUCGCAAGGAAAAUGUUGCGAGAAGACGGCUCCAAUGGCGAAGUCCGAUGCAUCAGUGGAAACGUACAAAUGUCGAGAGGAGUCGGUGAUCUUGAGGACAGGGGCCGUGGUGAUGGUUUGUUUGAGGAAGUGGAAGGCGUUUUGGCGGCGGUCGUUCCAAUUGAAGGGCUCGUCCUUGCGUGUGAGUUUGUGGAGUGGGUAAGAGAUGUUGGAGAAGUUGCGGAUGAAGGGGCGGCGAUGUUGUCGAUGGAGUCGGUGCGGAUGCUGGACAUAUCACUGUUGGAUGAUUGGGCCAUGGUGGGGGAGGAAGUGGUGGUAGCGGCAGAUGAGGUGGCAGCGACAGCUGAGGUGUUAGCAGCAGAUGAGGUCGAGGCGGCGGCAACAGCGGCGGUGUCGGCGGCUGCGCUGCCACGUCCACAACAGUGCCACGUCAGCAGUGCCACGUCAGCAACAGUGCCACGCCAGCAGUGCCACGUCAGCAAUGCCAUGUCAGCAGUGCCACGUCAGCAACAGUGCCAUGUCAACAGUGCCACGUCAGCAGUGCCAUGUCAGCAGUGCCACAUCAGCAGUGCCACGUCAGCAACAGUGCCACGUCAGCAGUGCCCCGCCACCAUGACGGGCGUAGCUCCGGGCAUGCCAGGCCAACUGGCCAACGAGUCUAUUGCCGACUAUAAACAGCGGUUCCAGACUCAGCUCACACUGAUCGAGGCUGAGGAACAGCGCCAGCUGGCAGCCGAGGCUGCCCGCUUACAGGCUGAAGCAGCGGCAACAGCUGAGAAGCAGCGGCUUCAAGCCGAAGCAGAGGCAGAUACUCAGUCACGCCGCAAGGAAGCCCAACAUCUGCUGCAGCGGCAUGAAGCCACUAGCAUCGAAAAGCUAAAGUAUUGGCACUUUGAACCAUCCGAAGGGCACGACGACGCGGCACCGGAAGAGCAGCACAGGGAAUUCAUGCCCGAACUCGUGACUCGGUUGGUUUACGCUUGUAACCACCUGCAGUCCGAGCUGGAGAAUAUGCAGCGGGCCAUGCGGAACCACAAGGCUCAGCACGAGGAUGCAGAACGGGCACUCGACUCCCGUGUACAGGACUUGGAGCAGACUGCACCAAGACCGGAGGCUGGCGAGUCCAGCAAUGCACCCUCUGCCCGCCAACUGGAGGAACGCGUCGAUCAUGUAGUGGCAAUGCUAGGUGACAUCAGCACCUUCGCAGCGCCAGCCACCGUCAGCCAGCAGCUGGACACACUGAAGACCGAGAUCAGGCAGCGACAACAGCCGUCUGACCCCGAUCGCAGCACCAGCACGGCAAAGCAUUACAAGAUGCCGACGUUCCAGAUCGAGAAGUUCGAUGAUUACACACUUCAGGACCCGGUCGUCUGGUGGCAAGGAUUCACAACAGAGUUGGGGAUUCAUGAGGUCCCCAAACAUCUGUUCAUCGGCGCAUUGUUCCUUAACGUCAAGGGAGGAUGCCAGAUCUGGCUCAGCCAUAUGGCAACCGUCCACGGCGUCGAGGUCUUCGACCUUCACACGAAGGUCUCCUGGGAGGAUCUGACAAAGGAAUGGAAGAAGCGGUUCAUCGUUGACGACGCCCCGGCGCUCGCCAUGAACCGCAUCUUCACGAUGGCUCAAGGAAACACAGCGACACGUGAUUGGCUCACGGAUUGGCAGAAGAUCGUGGCGACGCCCGAUCUGGACUUACCAUUUCCGCAUCUGCGCCGGGAGUUCUACAACCGGUCAUGCGCCGCUUUGAGCCUCGCACUUGGUGAUCGCGAGCAGUACAACACCUUCGCUGAAAUCAUCAACAAGGCGAGGGAGAUCAUCAAGACAAACAGGGCAGCUGCACACCAGAAGUCAACGUGGCAGCCAACCUAUGUGGAGAAGGUGAAAACUGGUUCGCGACCGCAGCAGUUCGCUGCAGUCCAAUCGGACAACAUUGUGGAAGACCCGGCAGCCACCCAAGCGUCACGUGAGGGAGAUCAGGUGGCUGCUGUCCAGCCGCGAAGCAACAACAAGUCCCGAGGAAACGGGAAGGCGAAAACCGCAUCGUCGGCCGGAAAUGGACAGCCAGCACCAUGGCACCAAGCACAAGACCUCCCUUUGCCGGGAUCAGGGCAAGGAGGAUGUUCGGCCUCGCAUCAACUCGGGAAACUGAGUUGCGUGGGAGGUGAGACGACUCCACCUCUCACUCCGCCAGAUUCGGCCGCCUUGCUAGCGGCCUCCUACACAUCUGGGGAGGAUGCGAAUGUCGUGAGUUCUCAGUAUGCAGACGAGGACUAUGCUGUCCACUUGGUCCCACCGUUGGACCAACCACUCCACGUGCAACAAUCUACCGCAUGCACGGUUUCAUCACCAUCGACAACCAAUUCGGCAGUUUCGCCGCCAUCUGCCGCCGGGGAUUCAACGUCAUGGUCAAGACUUGAAGAGCUCAACCUGUUGACAUUUGCGGACUUCCAAUGGAUGCCCCUUCCCCGGUCCGAUCGAAUGCCGAAACCGCAUUGCAACGUGCUCAUGGCACAAUUGCGGGAUUACUUGCACACUGCAGUACCAACUCCGUUGAUGGACGCCGGAGUAGAGGUUGUCGACCUUCCCGCCUACAUUGCGAAGAUCGACCGCGAGUUCAAGACGCAACAGUACGACGACAUCGACGCACCAUUGUUAUGUGUACGCAUUCAGAUCGGAGAGGCGACCUGCAGCGCUUUGAUCGAUUGGGGAGCAUCUCGCAACUACAUGAGCCAGGACUUUAUGGUGCGCGCUGGCCUUGGCCCACACGUCCGGAGGAAGUCCAGGCCUACGCAAGUCACAUUGGCAGAGGGUCACACGCACAAGUCAAUUGACCGGUGCAUUGAUGACGUCCCCGGGUACUUUGCCCCGCAUGCAAGCGAGGUGGUGUCCUUCGAUAUUUUGGACACCAAAUUCGACAUGAUCUUGGGCAUGUCAUGGCUGCGAAGCGAGGAUCACCCGGUGAACUUCUACCGCCGCACCGUUCACGUUCGUGAUCGGAACGGAGUACUAGUCCCAUGCACGGUAGCUCCUCCUCACCCUUCAAUCAGCUGUCAUGUGGUGUCCGCCGCAAGCAUGCGAGCUUCCAUCAUCAAAGACGACAUCGAGGAGAUGGGGGUGUGUUUUCUCAACGUCCUCCCGCCCCAUGACGCUUCAUCGACGGACUCAUCUUCGGACCCACGCAUCACCGAGCUUCUCGACGCCUACGGUGACGUGUUCGAAGGCCCGCACGGAGUAGUACCGGAUCGGCCCAUCCGCCACGAGAUCAUCCUCGAGGACGGGGCCGUACCUCCGCGCGGUUGCAUCUACCGAAUGAGCGAGGAAGAGUUAAGUGUGCUCCGGGCACAACUCGACGACCUUCUGGAGAAAGGCUGGAUUCGGCCUAGCUCGUCGCCAUACGGUGCUCCUGUUCUCUUCGUCUGGAAGAAGAACAAGGAUUUGCGGUUGUGCAUCGAUUAUCGCAAGCUCAACGCGCAAACGAUCAGAAACGCCGGCCCUCUCCCACGCAUCGACGACCUUCUCGAACGAGUGGGCGGCGCCAAGUUCUUCUCCAAGCUUAACCUCAAAUCGGGAUAUCACCAACUCGAGAUCCGGCAGGAGGACCGCUACAAGACCGCGUUUAAGACGCGAUAUGGGCAUUUCGAAUGGCUGGUUAUGCCUUUUGGCCCUACGAACGCCCCAGCCACAUUCCAAGCAGCUAUGACAACGGAGUUCCGACACAUGUUGGAUAGAUUCGUACUCAUCUACCUCGACGACAUCCUGGUGUACAAUCGGAGUUUGAACGAGCAUGUGGAACACCUGCGCACCGUUUUGGAGCGGCUACGACAAGCCAAGUACAAGGCCGACCGCGACAAAUGCGAAUUCGCGCGGCAGGAGCUGGAGUACUUGGGACAUUAUGUGACGCCGCAAGGCAUCCGUCCGCUCGCGAACAAGAUCGAGGCCCUCCACGUAUGGCCCGAGCCCACCAACACCACGGACGUUCGUUCAUUCAUGGGGUUGGCGGGCUACUAUCAGCGAUUCAUCACCGGGUACUUAAGGAUUGUUGCACCUAUGACGAGAUUACAAUCGCCAAAGGUGCCAUUCGUAUUCGAUGACGACGCAUGCCGGUCAUUCCAAGCACUUAGGACGGCCAUGCUCAUGGCACCCGUCCUUAGCAUCUACGACCCCACCCUGCCUACGAGAGUGACAACUGGCGCUUCCGACUAUGGCAUUGGGGCAGUCUUGGAACAACACGGCGGCGACGACUGGCACCCUGUGGAGUAUUUUAGCCACAAAGUGCCUCCCAUCAACUCGCUUGAUGAUGCAAGGAAGAAGGAGCUGCUCGCGUUCGUGAUGGCUCUCAAGCGAUGGCGGCACUUCCUCCUUGGGUGUCAUAGGUUCACAUGGGUUACGGACAACAACCCACUGACUUACUACAAGACGGAGGAUACGGUGAGCAGCACGAUCGGACGAUGGAUGUACUUCAUCGACCAAUUUGACUUCACACCGAAAUAUCUUCCCGGCCUCUCCAAUCGCACAGCAGAUGCACUCUCACGAAGACCUGAUCUUUGCGCUAUGACACAUCAUGCCUUCGCAUUCGACGAGGAACUUCAGCGACACUUCAUCCGGGGAUAUGAAUCGGAUCCGAACUUCGCUACGUUGUAUGCGCAGCUAUCUUCGGAUCACCCGCCGACCAGCCACUAUCACAUUGUCGACGGGUACUUGCUCCUCCAUUUGAGAGGCAAGGACUUAUUGUGUGUCCCACGAGACCGUUGUCUUCGGACUCGCCUUCUCGGCGAGUAUCAUGGCUCGGGACUCGCCGGCCAUUUUGGAGUCAACCGCACUAUUGCACGGCUUCGACAACGAUUCCGAUGGCCCGACCUCAUUACCGAUGUCACUCGGUAUUGCGACUCUUGCGAAGUUUGCCGACGAAGCAAGCCCCGCAAUGGCAACCCCUACGGCGAGUUGCGUCCGAUGCCUAUUCCACGGGAACCCGGCCUCUCCAUUGCCAUGGAUGUCACCGGACCAUUUCCCCGCGAUCGCCUCGGGCACGACGGCAUCCUCACGGUUGUGGACCAUUUGAACAUAGUCAGCGACCGCGACACUCGCUUCAUGUCGGCAUUUUGGACUGCUCUCAUGCAGGAGGCCGGCACGAAGAUGAAACCAAGUUCGGCUCGGCAUCCACAGACGGACGGGCAGACGGAGCGGGCACAUCAAACCGCUCAAAUGAUGCUUCAUACGCUCAUCCGUCCGGACCAGAAAGAUUGGGUUGACCGCCUCCCCGACAUCGAGUUCGCCUACAACACUUCGGUGCACCCGGCGAUCGGCGUGACUCCAUUCGAGUUGCACCACGGUGGCCGGAAAUGCUGUAUCUUCGCCGACCUUCUCCUCCCUCGACCAGCCGACCUUGACGCUGCCUGCUCUCCCGCUUCCGUCCGGAAGUACAGGGAAUUGCUGGCUCAAGCCCUCGCGAAUAUGGAAAAGGCUCAAGUCCGCAUGCAGCAGCAAGCCAACAUGUGUCGCGUGCCAUGUCCCAUCCGCGCCGGUGAUCUGGUUUGGGUCUCCGCGGAAGAGUUUGCACUGGAACAGGAUGUUCAGGAGUAUGUGGAGGCCGCAUCCUUGUCGGAAUUCUGCAAGCAUGGUUCUCUUCUGAUGUAUACCCAAGUGAACGACAGCUUUUCUGAGAUCAGAGAUGCGUUUGGAGACCCUUUCACCAUUUCUGUUGCGGACUACGUGCUUGGCCUGGCAGAUCUUACGGGCGAGUUGAUGAGGUUGGCGGUCAGUGGAGCAGGAAGCGGCAAGCAGGUGUAUCCUGCAAGGGACGUUGGCCAUUUUGUGGGAUCGAUGUACCAUGGGUUCAAUGGCUUGCCGAAGGUACAUGAGAACAGCCAUGACAUGUUCAGGAAAGUUGAAGUGAUGCGAGAGAGCUUGCUGAAGAUCGAGAAAGGCAAGUUCUUUGACAACCUCUCCUUUUACCAGAACAAGAACCGACCUCUCACAAAGUACAAGAUAGCAUAGCGGAAGACUUAGAUACCAAUGAUCCGAACAAUCAAUGUUGCAAUGCAGC